AUGACACAUCCUGUGAUAUCCUUUAAACCUAGUUAUAAUUCGGUGAUACGAGGCUGCCCAGGUUUACCAGAUACCCUCCCGCGCAUUGAAUGUGAACUAAGAAUAAGAUCAAGUGAUGGUAAGCCAUUCAGAAUAGAUAAGAUAGAAGUAUGCCUUAAAACUGUAGAAACUUUGAACUCAGGCCUUUCAUUUGGCUCCAAAUCGAAAUUUGAGAAAAUCCAAACCCAUUAUAGAAAGAAUAUUAUGAUCUCCGAAAAGCUAAUAUUGGGAAUUGAUAUUCCAUUAACAAUUGCCCUACCAGAUGAUGUAAAAGAAACAAACUUUAAUCCGCGAUUUGGAAAAACGAUUACAUUGUUCGAAUGUAAUGUUCAUUACACCUUACCUUCGUCCUCAAAUUUUUCAGAUGGAACCAAUAUCCGGUCAUUUAUGCAACCAGUAAAUGUAGAACGGUACACAUAUUUAGCAACUAAGCGUUUAUAUCCACCAAUUACGAAGCAGGCCUAUUCUGCGGAUAAAAAAUUUAUAGUGAAUUAUACAAUUCAUAAUCCAUGUAUAACGUCAGAUGAUCUUUUACAUGUCACUAUUGACAUCAAACCAAAUUUAAGUGGAACAAUAUCAACUAACCAACGUGGAUUAUUUAGUAAGAAAGUUAAACUUAAAAAUUUGUCAUAUGAUAUAAAAGAAAUAUUAGAAGUUCAAGAUAGUCACAUGAUAGAUUCCAGAGAGCAUAUAUUGCAUUCUACUAUACAAAAUGUAGGCCAAGUACUUGAUAAUACAGGGAUAAAAUUGAAAUCAGAUAUUAGAAUAUGCACUAAGAACGAGUAUUUUAGACAAUUUGAAUCAUGUAUGCAAGAACCUUCAUUUUUAUACAAAUUACCUGAAAGAGAAACUAAAUACUAUAAAGGUAAAGAAAGAACAGGGUUUUUAGUUGAAGAAACAAAAACUAAGCUUAUUAGUAAUAAAAGUGACUCAUUGAUUCCAUUUCAAUAUCAUACUGCAAUAACUACAUUUGGCAAAUUAUUUUCUAUAGAUUAUGUGCUCUAUAUGAGGUUUAAAAUAAGCAACGGUAAAGAUUUUGAAUUAAAACAUCGAAUUGAUAUUUCACCAUGGCCACUAGUUCAAAUAAAGUAUAUUGAGCAGAUAAUUGAUGAAGAGCGUGAGACUGCUAGAUAUGCCAAACAAUUUUAUGAAAAUUUUGGUGGUAUAAAAAGAAAUAAGAUUUCUGGGGAUUUAGAAUAUCCAUCGCUCCCACCUGUAAUAUAUUUUUAUGACGAGGAAAAUUUGAAAAAGUUGAACAUUUUCUUUGAUAGAAGUCAUAAAACCCCCCGUAGAAUUCCCAUCAUUGAAUAA